AGAAUGUGUUUACUAAAACAUUUUGUUACAUAAAUAUCUCUUUAACAAGAGCUAUUUUGUUCGGUUAAAUGGUUAAUUCCGUGACCUUUUGAAAUUGCCUGUAAAAUAAUUAAAUAAAAUGACUAUGCUGUGUUGCCUCAAGGAUAUUGUAAAUUAAUAUCUCAUCAAUAUGGUAUAAAGAAAAUUCUUUGAAACAUCUGCACGACGUUGCCUUAACGGCAUAUUGCGAGUAAGGCUCGGGCGCGGCUUCUACGCGGUCGACCUUACUAAACAGGUGAGGCGGCGAGCGCCACACAGAACAUGAUACUAAGGCUGCCGUGCCCGUUCACACAGACGUCGCUAGCGAGUUUACGACAAGCGCCCGCAUCCGGCCACUCCGCCGGGCCGGCCUGGUGGACCAUGAUGAACGGCGUUGGCGGCGCGCUGUACGAGGAGGCGCACGCGUCGCCCCCUGGCGGCUCGCCCCCGACCGCGCCGGCCGCCGCGCCGCCUUCAGCCUCCAGCGCCUCGCCGGCCUCCGUUGGCUCCAACCCACCGCAGCCACUACACAUCCCGGCCAAGCGCUAUGACCCCGAGCCGGGCGUCAUCCGGCACGCGCAGCAGCCCUGGGGCUACCCCCCCGAUGCGCCGGCCGCCUUCGAGCACCAGUACCCCGCAGCGCCUACCUACUAUAAUCUGCCAGUUGAAAGGGAACGCAAGUCGCUACCCUUCUGGCCCGCGAGCGGGGGUGACUACAAGCCUUACGCGGAUGGCGGCUGUCACCAGGGCUUCUCUCAGCCCUGCUGGAACUACCCGUAUGGAGCACCUCGCGGAGACCAGCCGCUGCCGUACGUGGGCGGCGAGGAGCGGCGUACAGCGGUCUCCGAAGCUUCUGGUUUCUCCCACGACGCAUACGGUCUCCGGAACUACGCGCCCGAGGCGGUGUCCAGCGCACCGUACCCACCGCCCAGUGGACUACCCGGUUCCCUAUCGAUGUCGGUGGGCGUCGGCGUAGGCUGCGGCUCCUCUAACCCCCUGGACUGGACCGGGCAGGUGACGGUGCGCAAAAAACGCAAACCCUACUCCAAAUUCCAGACUCUCGAGUUGGAAAAGGAGUUUCUCUUCAACGCUUACGUCUCGAAACAAAAGCGAUGGGAGCUCGCGAGGAAUCUGAACCUCACAGAGAGACAAGUCAAGAUAUGGUUCCAGAACAGACGGAUGAAGAACAAGAAGAAUUCACAGCGACAAGCGGCUCAGGCAGCACAGAAUAAUAACAACAAUUCGAAUGCGAAUAACCACAACCACCAUGGCGGACAUCAUCAUGCGCCGCACCAUGUGGCGCUGCACCACGCACCGCCCGCCAAGCAUCAUCAGUGACCCGCGCCCUUCUCUGGGACCUACCCGCUGCACCACGGUAUAGCUAGCUAAACGCGAGGACAGAUGUAGUGAUGUGUCUUGCAUGUACUUAAGGUUCCGAGGUUUUGUUCGUGUCCGGAGUGAACGUUGCUAUGCCGCUACGUACGUAAAGACAACGAGUCCCAGAGAAUCUCAAAGUAAUAUUUAUCGUGCUGUCGGUUUGUGUAUAGUGUUAAUUACGAAUUGUUCUUGUAACUGUAACGAGACUUAGUACGUGAGCAGAUAACGAUUCCUGAUAUUAUUAAUAUUUAGUUAUAGAACGCUGAAUAUGUAUUUUGAAAAAUUAUUUAAGUAAAUAUAAAUGUAAAAUUAAAGAUGUCACCGAUGGAUUGUAGAUCCUAGAUAGUUUGUCGCGAUGGGAUUUCUUGUAAUAUAAUAUCUGAGACUGCUUUAUCGUUUUAGUCGUAUGCUCGGACGGUGGUUUAGUGUUUAAUCAGUUAACUUUUAUUUUUGUUACCAAAUUGUUGAAUUACUCGGGUCGCUUUGGUGGCAGUUCUAGAUAUGCAGCUUGUACGAUGUCCACAGAUUACAUCAAAGUUUCUAGCAACGUAUUGUUUAUAUUUUACCAUCAACGCGUCGCUUUUUAAAACAUUUAUGACAGUGCAGCCUGCAUUAUGAUCAAAUAUUUAUUACUGUUUAAUUUCUUAUAUCAUAAAUCGUAAAUUUUGUUAUUUUAAAUUAUGGAUUUCUGUCAAAGCUUUAACUCGGUUCCAGUAGUUACAUUAAGUUACUGUUAUGACUAUUUUGAAAAUAUUUGAAGUUGAUGUUAUAAUCAAUGUAUAAUUAGGUAAUAUGGGCCAAGUGCAUUAAUAUUGUCCUUUGACUCAUUGUACUGUUCGCUUAAGCCUGUCUAUUGCUUUUUAUUUUUGUUUUAGUUAAAUAUUUUAUUAUUUAUUUAUACAUAUAACUUCUUCCAUUUGUAUCUUUUUCUUAAUACAUCGAAUUUUAAAAUAUUAGACUUACUGUGUACAGAUUGUAUGUCUUUAUUUAAGUAGACAAAAAUAUUUAGAGUUGGAAGAUCUCGCUUAGAUCACUCGUAUUACUCCCAAAUCUUUCCUAAUUCAUAUAUUUAUAUAAUGAAUGUCUUAUUGUAAACUCAGUAGACUCAUCUAAAUCAUUCGAAACUAUAUUUUUCCGUAAUGCUAUAAAUAAAUUAGAUUUUUUGUACAAAAUGGCGACCUCGUCUAGGUGACCGAAUUUCUAUAUAAGUGCAAAACAUAUUUAAAAUAGACAAACUUACAAACAAGACCACAUUUUUUUUUACAGAGUACUUUUAAUACAAUCUUUUAGGAAAGAAAUCAAGAAUGUUACAUUAAUAGUGUUUAGACGUGGCUUUGUUCUAAUAUUAAUUGAUAAAAUUGUAAUUGUAAAUAUUA